AUGGCAUCAAAACAGGCUAACAAACGAUUGAUGAAAGAGCUCGUCGACCUCAACAAAUCACCACCUCCGUUCAUCGUUGCUCGUCCCAGGGAGUCUGAUAUUCUGGAAUGGCAUUACAUCCUCCGUGGGCCACCCGAUACCCCUUACGAAGGCGGAGAGUUUUGGGGCACAGUCGUCUUCCCCGCCGAAUAUCCCUUCAAGCCGCCGGCCAUCAAAAUGCUCACCCCGUCCGGCCGGUUCCAACCCGAUCGCAAGAUUUGCACCAGCAUGAGUGACUACCAUCCUGCGUCAUGGAACCCUGCUUGGAGUGUUGCAACAAUCUUGAAUGGGUUACUUUCCUUCAUGGUUUCGGAAGAGAUGACCACCGGAAGUGUACGUUCAAGCGAUGGUGAUCGCCGACUUUUUGCCAAACGCUCCCACUCAUUCAAUGUGGCCCAUCCACGCUUCCGCACGAUCUUCCCUGAAUACUCGGACCCACAAGGACCGAUCGAUUUGCCCAAUAUGGGCGAGACCAGGAAGCCAUCGACCACCGCCUCCGACGCCUCCUCCGCAGCACCCGUGCCCAAGGCCCAGCCCAAGGCCGACUCUGGGACGGCCCCGAUUUCGGAACGUGCAGCACAUGCGAUGGUCAAGGUUCAGCAAGGCCAGUCCCAGCUCUCCGGCUCUCGCCCUUUGCUCAAGGCCGUCUUCGCCGGACUUGGCUUGUGGAUGGUCUUGUCGUGGUUGGUCGGUUAA